CGGCGCUUCACCUUCGGUAUUCGCGCGUAAGCUAGCAGCCUUGUGCCGCAGGAUUGCGCGCAAGCUGCUCGAGAAGGCGUCGGGAGUGUGGAGGAAGCCACGCUAGGCGGGGAAACGAAAUGGAGCGACGACCCGAACCUGGACGGAAGGGGUGGCGCUGCCGUAUGCUUACGUGUAUCCCUGAGUGAGCGAGUCAUUGGCCACAACUUGCAUGAAGCACAGACCUACGGUGUGGGUAUGUGCGUGGCAAGCAAAAGACGUUUUGCAUGGAUCUUUGUAUGGAGCACUCGCCCUCCCUUUUGCUUUAGCCGGAAUGGCGAAUGGCGAUGAUUUGGGGGCCGCUCGAUAGCGCUAGGCGCUAGUUCGCAAGUAAGCAAGUGAGUCGCGCCGUCUCCGGGGGGCGUUCCCUGGUCUCACUUUACAGGCAAAAACUUAGCAGGGAAAGGAUCCAUGUGCCGGCUUGGGAGGUCGGUGCGUGCUUCUUCUGGCAAAGCUCGUCCAGAAGUAACCACUGACUGUGGGACGUCGUUCAUGUAUGCGCUGCGUCAUGGCAUACGCAGUGGGUCCGGUGCUCGAGCUUUAGUGACCGAGCCGUUGUGGAGCUUAAGUGCUCCCCGCGCCGGACCUAAAAAACAGGGCUUAUUGCCUCGGCUCGGUCGCUGAUCAGAUCCGCCCUACACUUAUGCAGAGUGCUACAGUGUGUGCGUUUUUGGUCCCCCCUGAACGACGUGCGUGAGUGUGUGGCCCGCACCCAAGUCCGAAAAAACCUAGCCUCAUAACAGCCGCGCCCUUAUGGUAUAGAUCAACUGUUCGCCAUAGAGGAUC